CUACAGAAGGCAGCUGCUUACCAAACGGCCUCAUAUCUCAUUGGAGGGACCCCGAAUCACACUUAAGCUCCUGUCACACCUCGGCGAUUUAGACCAGCGUAUGCCUGACGUACGGAAAAUCUGCUAAAAACGCUGGCACACAUUGGAUAACAUUUUCGUACGCUGAAGCACGCUGUAACACGUCGACAUAAGGCGAGUAUGUCAAGAAGUUUUGAGCUUGCUCAAAAUUUCCCGAUGCAUUCCAUAAGUGUGCGCCAUCAGUUCCAGGUAAGUUAUCCGAUUGUUGACAUACAUUAAGUCUAAGUUACUCGUCAGUCGUGGCGUCUAGCUUAUCCAAAACUUAUAAGUAACUUUAGAUUUAGAUUUACAGUGAAAAUUACAGACAUAAAAAGAAAUAAAAACAGCUAUAACUCUUCCAAACUGGUUUAAAAAUACAGAAUUAAAGUCGUAGGAAGUCAUAUUUAAAAGUCGAAUCAUUCUGGCUUAAAGUGUUCUCUUUUGCACCAUAUAUUCUAUUGUAAUAUGAGGAAAAGAACGACAUUAAAAGAACCAGAGAUGUGUUUUUAAAACUAUUUAUGGCUGUUUGGAUGUUGGAAGACAACAGAGAUGCAGUUUGCAGAUCCAUCUGAGGAAUUUCUCUUUGUCGGUUUGUGAAACAUUUGCUUUCUGACUCCGUUUCCAGAAGCCUGAAUGUCAGAAUGUGGCACUCGAGUCCAGACGUGCCGCUGUGGUUAAGUGUUAGUGAGAGCCCUGCGCCUCAGAAGAAAACUGAAGAAACAGACAAUACUUUUGUUAUUAUAGAGUCGUUGAGUUACUCUGCUUUUGAACAAGAACGUGUAAAACAUGGAGACAGUAGCAAAUCCCAGUUAGAGACGAUUACAGCAGCAGAAGCAAAGGCAGGGAAUAAAACUUUGGACACAUCAGAGACAGCGGGACUUUUUGGAUGGGAGGUUUUGGAGGCAGAUGGAUCAGUGUCUGAAAAAAAGAGAGAACACUACUUAGCACCAAACGCAGAAGAGACCACAGGAUUAGUAAAGGCCCUUGUUGGUGUUUUCCACAAAGGUUAUGAAACAGUAGCAUCUAUCCUGGGUCCAUCUAGCUCUACUUUAGGAGACGCUGAUACUUCAGUGAACCUGGAGGACAGGUCAUUGACUACUACUGAAGCUUUGCCACAUUUUACUGAUAACAGGACACCUCUACAAAAGGUGGAUGAAUGUUUUGACAUUCAUGCUAAAAAAGAAUAUCCAACAAGCAUGGAGCCAUACUUGAGGGAGUUGAUGGUUGGCGAUUUAGUCCCUUCGUUAUCAAUUGCUAACGAUGAUGACGGAGGUGAUGUUAAAGAAAGUAAAGGAACAGAUAAGCAGGAUUUUCCUCUUAAUCACUCACAUUCAAAGGAUACAAUGCUGAUCAAGCAGAGCUUUGAUCGGACAUCAAAGUACCUGAAAGAUUUGCCGGUGAAACACCGAGCCAAUGUAGAACAAGAUGGUAUGAAAACGAUGUUGUUCUCUUCUCAGUCAGAGAAAGGCCCAACACAAACAAGCUUAAAAACGUUGCCGGCAACUCCCCUUCAGCCUGCAGACAGUAGCCAGCAGAGAGCUGCUCUGUUUGAUGCACUCUCGGACCCAUCCAGGUGUGAUCAAGAGAAAUGUCCGGCGAUACCACCGGCCAGUAUUACUGGUCCUCAUCAAGAUAAAAAGGAAAAGAGAUCGGUUCCACCUGAACUGAAAGAGGGCGAUCAGAGAAUGUGCAUAGCUCCGGUAAGGCCAAGCAGAAAGAGGGAUAGUUUACCAGAAGAACAAAAAGAAGUUGCCUUGUUUCCUAAGCCAGCACCAGAAGAUCUUCAGCUUCAGUCCAAUAGGACUUGUGCUCUGGAAUGGACUAACAAAGAUGGCGCGACCUCUAUCCAGAUGUCUUCUUUGGAAACAAAGGAAAUGAAAAGCAUCCACCCUGUGCUGGAGCCAGAUGUAUUGCAUGAUGAGCACCUUAGCUCUGUUUCAAUAAUUAAGAAGAUACAUUUUCCAAAAGGAGCAAGAAAAGCUGGGAGACUUGGUAGCGACAAGGACAUCACAGCAGGUGAUAUGAAGCCGGUCUACCCGCCAUCCGCUGGUGACGCAUCUGCUGAUAAGUCCAACAUUACAAGGCAAAAGGUAGAUGAUCCAAAAGGAGAAGAGCUCAUUAAAAAUCCUGUUCCAAAGCCUCGUGGGAGAAAACACGUCAUUGACUCCUUCCCAGGCGGGAGUAUCCCUGCAGGAAGUGCAGCUCAAGAAUCCUACGGCAAAGAAAAACUAACAGCGGGGCAAAGAAAACAAGGUCAUCAAAGUCAAGACUGUUCUAAUCCUUCAGCUGAACCUUCUUCUGGUUCAUUGGUGGGAAUUAGAACUACAUUUGAUCAAAGGGUUCACGGAGCAUUCAAUGAUCCUUCAGAAAUGCCCUCAUGUUUACCUGUGCCCAAAGAAAGAAGGAAACGUCGCUGUGAUUCAUUCCUAGAUGACUCAACAUCCGCCUCUCGUUCAGACCCCAUUGCUGAUGUAACUGAUACUAAAGUGACCGCAGAAAGUAAGACAUUAGGCUCGCCUCUUCUAUUUCAUCAAGUCAAAAAAGCAGUCAGAGAAGGGUCUUCCUCCAAAGAAAUAGAACUACCCGAGACAAACAUAGAUCAGGAAUGUGGCAAGAAAACUUCAGAUUCCUGUCUGCAAUCGGAAGGAGCUCUGGUUGCAGUUCAGGGUGAGGAAGUGAUGUUGCAGUUGGAGAGAGAUGUUCUAGAUGCAAUGCAAGAAGUAUUUACUCAGACGCAGUCUGGAGAAGAUGCUGAAGACGAUAAGGAUGAGAUUCUUAAGGAUUGGACUGUUACAGAUGAGCCUCUUGUACCAAAGAGCUUACAGAAGGAUAAGAAAGUGACUUCAGAGAAGGAGAAGGUCCUAGAAAGAGAGAUACAUAGGUCAGGAACUGUCACGGUGAUGUCCUCUCACGAUGACUGGCUGCACGUAGAGCACAAACAAGAGAGUGAACCUAUGGAAAUCAACACAAGAAGGACAGUGAGAGAAGAGUUGGACUUUUCGUCUGUAGAUGUAGCUGCUGCUUGUUCAGAGACUCAAAGGUCAGCAGGGCAGCCUGUAGCUUUGCCUCGUGGAAAGAAGCGUUUGAGUGGUUCUUCCCUGAACGGCACAGAGUCAGAAGCUGGUGCCCUCCGACAAGCCUUCGAGCCUUGGACGCCUCAGAAGAAACAUGCAGAUGAGGCUCCUUCUGUGGAGAACGCUGCGUCCAGCCCCUCCCUGGUCACCUCCAGUCAGUCUCUCCUGGAAUGGUGUAAGGACGUGACUCAGGGUCACAAGGGAGUGAAGAUCACCAACUUCAGCACUUCCUGGAGGAACGGCCUGGCGUUCUGUGCGAUCCUCCAUCAUUUCCAUCCUGGAAAGAUAAAUUUUGAAAUGCUGAACCCGUACGAUAUCCAGAUCAACAACAAAAUGGCUUUCGAUGGUUUUGCCGAACUCGGUAUUUCCAGACUGAUAGAGCCUUCGGAUAUGGUCAUGCUGGCGGUACCCGACCGCCUCAUCGUUAUGACCUACCUCAACCAAAUACGAACCCAUUUCACCGGCCAGCAGCUCAGUGUGCUUCAUAUCGAUAAAAACAGCAGUGAGUCCAAUUACGCGGUGUCAGGGAGCCAGGAGCUGCAGGAGGACCCAGAGGCAACCGUUCGCUACUGCGCUCAGAAACUCCAGGAGAAAGGUCUGAGCCUGGAGGCGAUCACGAGUGGAGGCCCUGCGGAGGAUGAGCCUCAAAGCAGCGCCGAGAUGGCUCCACCUCCACGGUCCAAACGGCUACCGGUCCCCGGGGCGGCAGGGGCCUCCGGCUCUCAGUCUCCCGUGGCUCCUCCAAGGUCUCAUGUCCUCUCUAAGGGCUUCUCCCGGGUCAAGGAUGCGGAUCUAGUCAAGAAGCGUAGAUCUCAAAAGAAGAGCGGGUCGAUUGAUGAUGGAGAUACUUCGCCGGUACGGCGCCUUUUUUACUAUAUCUGUUCAUCUUCCUUAAAGUUGUUUUUCACUCGUGGCUUUAAUCCAAGGAUCUUCUCUCUCUCUCUCUCUAGGCCGGAACAGAACGGGAGGGGAGGAACCCAGAAACCGAGAAAUCAGAGUUUGUAGUAGAAGAAGAGAAACCAGAGGGUCAGGACACCAGCCAGUAUGUGUUACAUCAGAUGGAGGCGUUGGAAGCGGAACAGAACCACAUUGACAACAGAGCAGCGGUGGUGGAGCAGAAACUCAGGCAGUUGAUGGAAACAGGAAGUGAUAAAGUGGAAGAAGAGAAGCUGAUUCAAGAAUGGUUCACCCUGGUGAACAAGAAGAACGCUCUAAUCCGACGGCAGGAUCAUCUGCAGCUGCUGUAAGGCGUCUUUUUAGGCUCCGUCAGACAAGCUGCUGGCAU